UAGAAGCCGAUGAAGUUCUGAGCUGUGGCUGAUUUCGGAUGAGAAGGGUUGUACGUGACAAGAAGUGGGCUAGCCAUGAUCCAAGGCUGAGGCUUCACUAAUAAUUAGUUUCUGGGAAUUUCCUUGAAACUCCUGCUUCCGGGCGUUAAUUCAAAGAUGUGAAUUAUCUUCAAGCUUAGCGCUGAUAUGUAUAAAUUGAUCGUUCAACUUUCAAACAAGCUUUGGAAUCAUUCAUCUUCUAAAGAAAUCAAUCGUUGAUGACCGGGAUCAAAAAACAACCUUGGAAUAUACGAUCCUGCACAAGACCCUGUACAGAACCUGUGACGAAGGCGGCCAAAGCAAUGGCCAAAAACUCAUUGAGUGGAAGCAAAGGACCUAAAUGUGCAUUGGAAACAUGGAUAACAGGAAAAUGCAAUAUUUCCUGAAAAACCUUACUGGAAGAAAAUAUUGACAGAAAAAUGACUACCUUCGUUAAUUCAUUAAUAAAAAAAUUAGAACAAGAAAACGCCAUGACAUCGCCACAAAUUCAGGAUGAAUUUGAGUUGCAAUUAAAUAUUAAUAAGAAAUCCUAUAAAUUAGCUAGGACAACUAAGCCUGGUGCAAUUCAUCCUCUUCCCUUACAAGUUCACGUACAUUUUUGCGAACGUUUCGAACCUCCAGGUGCAGUUGACCGAUUACCACCAAGAUUAUACUUUGUCGAAAUAAGCAAUGAAAUGGGCCAAAGAUACGUCACUGGCGUAGAAAUAGAAUAUAAAUUGCAUCCAUUCUUGGCUCCUAGAGCAGAUCAUCCAAAUAUCUAUGAAAGAGUCAAAAUACGCGUAGAUGGCAACACUGCCAAUGUCACUGUACCAAUAUUGCGUAAUGAUCCGCUAAAUAAUCGGUUCAACAAACUCAUUGGUGGAUCAGAAUAUAUGCUUGCUGAUAUAUCCGGAUGAUUAUACUCCACCGAAUUACUGGCAGUAGGGCAGCCUAUUUUUAAAACUAAAACAAAAAGAAACAGUUCUGUCAAAUCUUAUCGCAUGCAAGCUUUAUGGGUACCUGUCAUUGUCAAAGUAUGAUGUAUGUAAUAAGAAAAUAACUCUGACGUACUAACGUACUUUAAUUGUUUAAUCUCGUGAUUGUAUUUGUAGUUCUAUUGUUGAUUGUUUACGCGAUCGCACAUUGUGAAAUAUGAUAAUAUAAUUAGAAGGGUCCAAAUCACUGUAGUUGAUGUUUUACUUCGAUGAUACAUUAUGGAGAAAAAUAAGAAAAUAAUGCGAUAAAAAAUGGUCACAAAAUGUUUGGAAGCAGUUAAUUCUCUUCCCUCACUCUUAGGAAAAAUUAUUUAAAGUAAAAAGUGUUUAGAUUCCGAAACUGAAUAAGGCUUCCAAGGUAUCCUGCUUCCGG